GCGUCAGUAUCCAAGGGCAGACCGCGGGAACGCGAGCAUCAGGUCAUCUGGACGUCCGUCCGUCGACCGACAUUCACCGGACAGAGUCACACGAAUUAACGGUGAGACAAACACUGAAGAAACGAGUGACUGUGUCCAACGGACAGAUGACCGUGAAGAGACGGUGAAUCAACAGGACGAGACGAUGAGCGACUUCACCGACUAACUGUGACUGACAAGUGCGUGUGAUGUUCCGGUGUGAGGCUGUGAACGACCGUUACAACAGUUCAAAAAGGGACACAAACGACCUUUAACCCGCGACAGACCUGAGUCACCCACCGGUACCAGACGGAUCAAUCACCGUCAACAAGAGACUGAAGGACGCGGCUCUGUGACGGAAUCCACAGCUGCUCGGCUUCAAAAAUCUGACGACACCAUGGAGCUGCGUGGUGUGCUGCUCCUCACUGUGCUGCAGUGCUGUUCAGUGGCCCUUGGUGGCUGCGAGCCACGGCUGGUGAACAUCGGCGCCGUCCUGAGUCAGAAACGUUACGAGCAGGUGUUCAAGGAGGCGGUGAGCCAGGCCAACACUCUGUACGGGAAGGACAAGUUCAAGAUGAACGCCAUUUCUGUCACACACAAGCCCAACGCCAUCCAGAUGGCCCUGUCUGUGUGUGAAGACCUCAUUUCCAACCAGGUCUACGCAAUCCUGGUUAGUCACCCCCCUCAGUCCAACGACCACCUGACUCCGACGCCUGUCUCCUACACUGCCGGUUUCUACCGAAUCCCUGUGGUCGGCCUGACGACACGUAUGUCCAUCUACUCUGACAAGAGCAUCCACCUCUCCUUCCUGAGGACGGUGCCUCCAUACUCUCACCAGGCAAAUGUCUGGUUUGACCUGAUGAGGGAGUUCAGGUGGAACCACAUCAUUCUUAUUGUGAGCGACGACCAUGAGGGCCGAGCUGCCCAGAAGAGACUGGAGACACUGCUUGAAGAGAGAGAGACCAAGACUAAAAUCAGGAACUAUGAAAACAUCGACCAACAGAACUUUGACUUCAGGAGAACACCCAAGGCAGAGAAGGUGCUGCUAUUCAGCCAGGACACCAACCUGACAGCACUGCUGCUGGAGGCCAAAGAUCUGGAGGCUCGAGUCAUUAUCCUCUCUGCCAGUGAGGAUGAAGCUGCAGCAAUGUAUAAAGCGGCCCGUCACCUCAACAUGACUGGCUCUGGUUACGUGUGGAUGGUUGGAGAGAGAGAGAUGAACGGUAAAGCUCUGAGUGAAGCUCCAGACGGCCUGCUCGGCCUCCAGCUGAUUAACGGUAAGAACGAGUCGGCUCACAUUGCGGAUGCUGUAGCGGUGGUGGCUCAGUCUCUGCAGGAGCUGUUUGAGAAGGAGAACAUCACAGAGCCUCCACGGGGCUGUGUGGGAAAUACCAAUAUCUGGAGGACUGGACCGCUCUUUAAACGGGUGCUGAUGUCAUCAAAGUACCCCGACGGUCUGACCGGGCGGAUCGAGUUUAACGACGAUGGGGACCGACGUUUUGCUACCUACAGCAUCCUGAACUACCAACAAAAACCAGGUCGCCUCGUCCAGGUUGGAGUAUUCAACGGAUCACAGGUUGUGAUGAACCCUCAAAGGAAGAUCAUCUGGCCUGGAGGAGAGACAGAGAAACCAGUUGGAUACCAGAUGUCGACUAAACUGAAGAUUGUGACGAUCCAUCAGGAACCAUUUGUUUACGUAAAGCCAACAAGGAAUGAUGGGACAUGUAAGGAGGAGUACACGGUUAAUGGAGUCUUAAUCAAGAAGGUGAUCUGUACCGGACCCAAUGGUACCAUACCAGGUCAGCCCAUCGUUCCUCAGUGUUGCUAUGGUUUCUGCAUUGACCUGCUCAUCAAGCUGGCGAUGAGCAUGAACUUCACCUAUGAGGUUCACCUGGUGGCUGAUGGGAAAUUUGGCACGCAGGAGCGAGUCAACAACAGUAACAAGAAGGAGUGGAACGGGAUGAUGGGGGAGCUGCUGGGAGGUCUCGCUGACAUGAUCGUCGCCCCCCUCACCAUCAACAACGAGCGUGCUCAGUACAUCGAGUUUUCCAAACCCUUUAAAUACCAGGGCCUCACCAUCCUCGUCAAGAAGGAAAUCCCUCGCAGCACUCUUGAUUCAUUCAUGCAGCCGUUCCAGAGCACACUGUGGCUGUUAGUCGGUCUGUCGGUCCAUGUGGUGGCAGUGAUGCUUUACCUAUUAGACCGGUUCAGCCCGUUUGGAAGGUUUAAAGUGAACAGUGAAGAAGAAGAAGAAGAUGCCCUCACCCUGUCCUCCGCCAUGUGGUUCUCGUGGGGAGUACUGCUGAACUCUGGGAUAGGAGAAGGAGCACCCAGGAGUUUCUCAGCAAGGAUUCUGGGUAUGGUGUGGGCAGGAUUUGCCAUGAUCAUUGUAGCAUCAUAUACUGCCAACCUGGCAGCCUUCCUGGUGCUGGACCGGCCUGAGGAGCGCAUCACUGGCAUCAAUGACCCCAGGCUGCGUAACCCAUCAGAUAAGUUCAUAUACGCCACAGUGAAGCAGAGCUCGGUGGAUAUCUACUUCAGACGACAGGUGGAGCUGAGCACCAUGUACCGGCACAUGGAGAAACACAACUAUGAGAGCGCUGCUGAGGCCAUCCAAGCUGUCAGAGACAAUAAGCUUCAUGCCUUCAUCUGGGACAGCGCUGUGCUGGAGUUUGAAGCAUCACAGAAGUGUGAUCUAGUAACAACAGGAGAGCUUUUCUUCCGCUCUGGCUUUGGAAUUGGAAUGAGGAAAGACAGUCCGUGGAAACAGAAUGUUUCUCUGGCCAUUCUCAGUUCUCAUGAGAAUGGCUUCAUGGAGGAUUUGGACAAGACGUGGGUCCGAUACCAAGAGUGUGACUCCAGGAGCAAUGCCCCUGCGACACUUACCUUCGAGAACAUGGCAGGUGUGUUUAUGUUGGUUGCUGGUGGCAUCGUUGCCGGGAUCUUCCUUAUCUUCAUUGAGAUUGCCUACAAACGACACAAAGAUGCUCGAAGGAAACAGAUGCAGCUCGCCUUCGCUGCUGUGAACGUGUGGAGGAAGAACCUGCAGGAUAGAAAAAGUGGUAGAGCAGAGCCCGAGCCAAAACUGAAAACCUCUUUUAGGUCCAUCACUUCGACCUCCGACCUCAAACGCCGUAGGGGCUCCGGGGACACCACGCCGUACCCGACUGACAUCACUGGCCAGCUCAACCUAUCAGAUCCCUCCGUCAGCACUGUGGUCUGAGAGAGAGAGUGAGCAAGCUUCACUGCUGCUGCUGAGCCACACACGCACACACACACACACACUAUAUAAACACACAGAUGGACAGAUACAGCAUCCUCUGAGACAGGAAGGAGAUGGUGGUGUUUGGAAGGCAUCUGACACACACACACACACACACACCAUCUGUGAUCCCACUCCACCAACACCAAACACACACUCGCCUUGUCCCGCCUGUAGCUGUAAGCUUCCUCCAAAAACAAGUGUUUUAUUUUGAAAGAAACUGUCUUAGACUGCUUUUAUUUUGGUACGUGUCUGUGAUGUUAUACAGAUAGCACUGUCGCACUCAGUGACUGCACUGAAUUAUCAAACCAGAACUGUCAUUUAUUAAUUGAUGGACUGAUGGUUAGAAACCUCCUUGUUGAUCAACAUGGAACCUGUCAAUUGGGAAAUGAUCAAUCAGGGACUCAAUUAGGACCUGAUAAUUGGGAAUUGUUUCCCAUUUAUCAGGUCUUAAUUCAGCUGUAGACCUGAUGAUCAGGAACUACCCUGUUGUUUGGGAACCCAUCAAUAAGGAACCUGUGUUAGUAACCUGUUGAUCAGGAAUCCUGUGACCGGUAAUCUGAUGACAUGGACAAAUGUGGAUAUUGUCAAUCAGGACACUGUUGUUUAAGAAACCUCUCACUGAUCAAAGUGUGGUAGGCAGUUCAAGCCUCUGUGACAGGAAGCUUUUCUAUUCCAUGGAGCCACAGAUAUCAAACAAAACACCCCAUUCACGCAACAAGCCUCUGUUGGUCACACUGGCAAAUACGGAAACACACACAGAGCCACUAAAAACAAUACUUCACUCCCACUCCGUGGGCUGAAGUAAUAAUGGACCAGACUGUUUAUGCUAAAGUUAUUCAAGCAUGUAUGUAUGUAUAUAUAUAUAUAUAUAUAUAUAUAUAUAUAUACAUA